AUGGGGGACACAAGAGACAUCUGUCCUCACCUGGAUUCCAUAGGAGAGGUGACCAGGGAUGAUCUGCUGCUCAAAUCCAAGGGAACUUGCCAGUCUUGUGGAGCUGUGGGACCAAAUCUCUGGGCUUGUCUUCAGAUUGGUUGUCCUUAUGUUGGUUGUGGGGAGUCCUUUGCUGACCACAGCACACUUCAUGCACAGGCCAAAAAGCACAACCUGACGGUGAAUCUGACCACUUUCCGCAUCUGGUGUUACGCUUGUGAAAAGGAGGUGUUCUUGGACCAGCGUCUGGCAACGCACACGCAGGCACCUCCAGUAAAGUUCACUGAACCGGAUUCUCCAUUGCCUGCUCACCCUUUGAAAGCUGUCCCAAUUGCAGUGGCUGAUGAAGGCGAAUCUGAAUCAGAAGAUGACGAUUUGAAACCAAGAGGCCUUACUGGAAUGAAAAAUCUUGGGAACUCCUGCUACAUGAAUGCAGCACUUCAGGCUCUCUCUAACUGCCCACCUCUCACACAGUUUUUUCUGGAGUGUGGCGGACUGGUCCGUACAGAUAAGAAACCAGCGCUGUGCAAAAGUUACCAGAAAUUGGUGUCUGAGGUUUGGCAUAAGAAACGCCCGAGUUACGUUGUUCCAAGCAGUCUAUCCCAUGGAAUUAAACUCGUCAACCCCAUGUUCCGAGGCUAUGCACAGCAGGAUACUCAGGAGUUCCUGCGGUGCCUGAUGGAUCAGCUUCACGAAGAACUGAAGGAACCCAUUGUUGCAGAGACGAGGGAUUUGGAUACCAGUGACCAGGAUGACAAGCGAGAGGGUGACCGAAGCCCUUCGGAGGAUGAGUUCCUCUCCUGUGACUCGAGCAGUGACAGGGGUGAAGGUGAUGGUCAGAGCCGGACCACGGUGGGCAUGGGCAGCAGCUCCCUGUCAGAGACAGAGUUGUUGAUCCAGGAUGAAGCAGGGAGAGGGAUUUCCGAGAAAGAGAGGAUGAAGGACAGAAAGUUCUCCUGUGGCCAUCGGCGCAGCAACUCGGAGCAGGUGGAUGAGGACGCGGAUGUCGAUACUACCAUGAUGCCAGUUGAUGAACCUGACAACGAUGCCUACGUGCGCUGCUCCUCACGCCCCUGCAGUCCCGUCCAUCAUGAAGUGCACUCCAAGCUCUCCAGCAGCCCUCCUCGUUCCAGUCCUGCCAGGCUUGGACCUUCCUACGUACUCAAGAAAGCCCAGAUGCAGGCUUCUGGGAAAAAGAAGAAAGAACUUCGUUAUCGCAGUGUGAUUUCUGACAUCUUCGAUGGCUCCAUUCUCAGCCUGGUGCAGUGCCUCACCUGUGACAGAGUUUCUACGACAGUGGAGACGUUCCAGGACCUGUCACUCCCAAUCCCAGGGAAGGAGGACUUGGCCAAGCUGCACUCUGCCAUCUACCAAAACGUGCCAGCUAAGACCGGGGCAUGUGGGGACAACUACGCCUCACAAGGCUGGAUUGCUUUCAUCAUGGAGUAUAUCCGGAGAUUUGUGGUGUCCUGUAUCCCUAGCUGGUUUUGGGGUCCUGUUGUGACACUGGAGGAUUGCCUUGCUGCCUUUUUUGCAGCAGAUGAGUUGAAGGGGGACAACAUGUACAGUUGUGAACGGUGUAAAAAACUGCGGAAUGGAGUAAAGUACUGCAAAGUCCUCCGGCUACCAGAGAUUCUUUGCAUCCACUUGAAACGGUUCCGGCAUGAGGUGAUGUAUUCCUUCAAGAUCAACAGUCACGUCUCUUUCCCCUUGGAAGGGCUGGAUCUGCGACCUUUCCUAGCCAAGGAGUGCGUCUCCCAGAUCACCACCUAUGAUCUCCUGUCAGUCAUCUGUCACCACGGCACAGCAGGCAGUGGGCAUUACAUAGCCUACUGCCAGAACGUGAUCAACGGGCAGUGGUACGAGUUUGAUGACCAGUAUGUCACUGAAGUCCACGAGACCGUGGUACAGAACGCAGAAGCCUACGUCUUGUUCUACAGCAAAAGCAGUGAAGAAGCUGUGCGAGAGCGGCAGAAAGUCGUGUCCCUUGCCAGCAUGAAGGAGCACAGUUUACUCCAGUUCUACAUCUCUCGAGAGUGGCUCAAUAAAUUCAACACCUUUGCUGAGCCUGGUCCCAUCACCAAUCACACCUUUCUGUGCUCUCACGGAGGGAUCCCUCCUAAUAAAUACCAUUACAUCGAUGACCUGGUUGUGAUUCUGCCCCAGAAUGUCUGGGAAUAUCUCUACAACAGGUUCGGGGGCGGCCCUGCUGUGAACCAUCUGUACGUGUGCUCCAUUUGCCAAGUGGAGAUCGAAGCCCUGGCCAAACGGAGGAGAAUUGAAAUCGACACCUUCAUCAAGCUGAACAAGGCUUUCCAGGCAGAGGAGUCUCCGAGCGUCAUCUACUGUAUCAGCAUGCAGUGGUUCCGCGAGUGGGAAGCCUUUGUCAAGGGGAAGGAUAACGAGCCACCCGGACCCAUUGACAACAGCAAGAUCGCCCUCACCAAAGCCGGCGGCCACGUGCAAGUGAAGCAGGGUGCCGACUACGGGCAGAUUUCGGAGGAGACGUGGAUUUAUUUAAGCACACUGUAUGGAGGGGGCCCAGAGAUUGCCAUCAGACAGAACGUGGCCCAGGUCCAAGAACUGGAAAACCUACAUGGGGAGCAGAAGAUUGAAGCGGAGACGCGAGUGGUGUGA